AUGGGAUCCUCCUUGCGAUGGGGCCUUUUAAGCAUCACAAGACGAGUUGAGACUUUGAGUGGAUUCUCUGAGCUCCCUUCGACAAAGCCAACGUUCCACUCCACGACAAUCUCGCGGGCCGUCUACUUUGUCCCACGAUCCGAUGUCAAGCGACUCAAUCCGACAGACGAGAACGUAAGGAGUUUUCGAGCAAGCGUCGCAACUCCUGAAACCAAUAUUUGA